UCUCAGCCGCGCCGAAGUUGCGUGAGCAGGUCCGCCCGGCAUCCCCGCCUUGCAGUCUGUUUGGACGCCAGGAUCCACUAAGGGACGAUGAUGCUGGGCACCGAAGGUGGCGAGGGGUUCGUGGUGAAGGUCAGGGGCUUGCCUUGGUCCUGCUCGGCCGACGAAGUGCAGCGCUUUUUUUCCGACUGCAAAAUUCAAAAUGGGGCUCAAGGUAUUCGUUUCAUCUACACCAGAGAAGGCAGACCGAGUGGCGAGGCUUUUGUUGAACUUGAAUCAGAAGAUGAAGUCAAAUUGGUCCUGAAAAAAGACAGAGAAACUAUGGGACACAGAUAUGUUGAAGUAUUCAAGUCAAACAUCGUUGAAAUGGAUUGGGUGUUGAAGCAUACUGGUCCAAAUAGUCCUGACACGGCCAAUGAUGGCUUUGUACAGCUUAGAGGACUCCCCUUUGGAUGUAGCAAGGAAGAAAUUGUUCAGUUCUUCUCAGGGUUGGAAAUCGUGCCAAAUGGAAUAACGUUGCCAGUGGACUUCCAGGGGAGGAGUACGGGGGAGGCCUUCGUGCAGUUUGCUUCACAGGAAAUAGCUGUAAAGGCUCUAAAGAAACACAAGGAAAGAAUAGGGCACAGGUAUAUCGAAAUCUUUAAGAGCAGUAGAGCUGAAGUUAGAACCCACUAUGAUCCACCACAAAAACUUAUGGCCAUGCGGCGACCAGGUCCCUAUGACAGGCCUGGGGCUGGCAGAGGGUAUAACAGCGUUGGAAGAGGAGCUGGCUUUGAAAGGAUGAGGCGUGGUGCUUAUGGUGGAGGUUAUGGACGCUAUGAUGAUCAUAAUGGCUAUAAUGAUGGCUGUGGAUUUGGGUCAGAUAGAUUUGGAAGAGACCUCAAUUAUUGUUUUUCAGGAAUGUCAGAUCACAGAUACGGGGAUGGUGGCUCUACUUUCCAGAGCACAACAGGACACUGUGUACACAUGCGGGGAUUACCUUACAGAGCUACUGAGAAUGACAUUUAUAACUUUUUUUCACCACUCAACCCUGUGAGAGUACGUAUUGAAACUGGUCCUGAUGGCAGAGUAACUGGUGAAGCAGAUGUCAAGUUUGCAAUUCAUGAAAAUGCUGUGGCAGCUAUGUCAAAAGACAAAGCAAAUAUGCAACACAGAUAUGUAGAACUCUUCUUGAAUUCUAUAGCAGGAGCAAGCGGUGGUGCUUAUGGUAGCCAAAUGAUGGGAGGCAUGGGCUUGUCAAACCAGUCCAGUUAUGGUGGCCCAGCCAGCCAGCAGCUGAGUGGUGGUUAUGGAGGUGGCUUGGUGGCCAGGGCAGCAUGAGUGGAUAUGACCAAGUUUUACAGGAAAACUCCAGUGAUUUUCAAUCAAACAUUGCAUAGGCAGCCAAGGAGCAGUGAACAGCAGCUACUACAGUAGUAGAAGCCAAGCGUCUAUGGGAGUGAACGGAAAGGGAGGGAUG